CUACACAAUAUUCAACACCGACACUAAGCUAGAGUUUCCACUUCUCUAUCUUCUUCCCUAGAAACCAGCAGCUUUGACCGUUUGCGGUGGAUUCGAAGAAUUUAAGAGUUAAUGACUGCCAAGGAUGGCUUAUCGUCAUCCUUUGUGGAGACCGUAGCAGGUUUGACGGCGGGAGUUGUUUCUACGCUUUCACUGCAUCCGCUGGAUUUGAUCAAGACUCGACUUCAGGUUGAUCCAACCUCUGCGCCUCGUGGCCAUGGAUCACUCCGACUUGUCCAGGGCAUUUUUCAGCAUGAGGGUGGCCUGUCGGCAUUUUACCGAGGUUUGACGCCAAACCUCGUUGGCAACUCGACCAGCUGGGCCCUUUACUUCCUCUGCUACGGCAACAUCAAGGAUUUGAUGCGAACCUGGCGUGGGGGUACUCCAGGACAGGGUCUGAGCUCCACCGACUAUUUCCUAUCCUCGGCCUCCGCAGGUAUGAUCACAUCGGUUUUAACGAAUCCCAUAUGGGUCAUCAAAACUCGCAUGCUUUCAAGUGGCUCCCAGGUGCCGGGAGCCUACGCCUCCCUUAGCAAAGGUGCGAGACAGAUAUUUCGCUCAGAAGGUAUUUUUGGCUUCUACAGAGGCCUAGUCCCGGCGUUGCUUGGGGUAAGUCAUGGUGCGUUGCAAUUCAUGGCUUAUGAGCAGUUGAAGCUGUAUCGCACCCGCAUGAUGCCCGGUGUCGUCUCAAACGGCGCCGAUGGGUUGAGCUCACGGCGGCCAGCGCCAUCGGACCUUGGGAACGUGGACUACUUCGUCAUGUCCAGCCUCUCGAAGCUCUUUGCGGGGUGCGUUACGUAUCCAUAUCAGGUACUGCGGUCCCGGUUGCAGACCUACGACGCUCAUCUUGCCUACGCGGGCGUUGGCGAUGCGGUGAGGAAAAUCUGGGCCAGAGAAGGGGUCAAGGGCUUUUACAAAGGUUUAAUGCCUAAUAUGCUGCGGGUAUUACCUAACACAUGGGUCACCUUUCUCGUAUAUGAAAAUACCCGGGCGUGUUUGCCACGGCUGAGGCUCGGUGACUAGUUGAAGACAUUAAUAGCUCCUGACUUGUUCAGAGAAACAAUCCGCGGUACCUCCUCUGAGGUCAUCAUAACGUCCGUGAAUGGAGUAGAUGGGGAAACGUCGCCGGCCAUGUCUACUUUGACUAGCAUAAUGACAAGAGUUGAGCAAGUUGCGAUAGGUAUGCAGACAUUAGGAUCUGAUAUACAAAUGGUUCCUGUACAUACGUCGGUUAGAGCUUUGACUGGGCCCUCUGCGCCGUGUCGUUUCUAUCAUCGCAACUGUCCUUCAUAUGUUGAGAUUGGAAGCAACAACUUGCAAAGCGAUAGGGUCUUGAGUCGUGGCCUAGCAUCAGGAAUAAUAAAGUG